AUGGCCAUGCCACGCCCAUCCACGUGGUCUCACUUAGGGCCUGCCAUACCUGCUCUCUGUACUCAAUUUCGUUCACUUCAUUUUGAAACUCAAGGAAGAAAUCUGGCUUCUCUUCUCGGAUAUGAUCGAUCCGUCGGGAUCUAUCACCGGCGGCCAAUUUCUCAAAUAUCAUUUAUAUCACACUGCAAUGACUCCAUACGCUAUCGCACGUUCCUUUGUCCAAUUUGUAGAGCUCACGGUUUCAGUAGUGACUCGGAGUCAGCUGGGACCAAUUUCCCGGUGGAAAAUGCGUACGAGCUGUUAGGAGUGUCACAGACCAGUUCGUUUGCUGAGAUCAAAGCGUCUUUUCGCAGAUUGGCCAAGGAAACUCACCCUGACCUUGCUGACUCAAAUAACGAUUCAUCUGCGUCGCGACGAUUUGUGCAAAUCCUGGCUGCCUACGAGAUUCUUUCAGAUUCCAAGAAGAGAGCUCAUUAUGACAGAUACCUGUUGUCUCAAAAGAAGCUUGUCGAGAAGCAUACUAGGCAGGGUUCAAAAUUACAAUUCUAUACAUCACAUGAAACAAUUUCCAAGGAGAUGGAAGUUGUUGAAUGGUUAAAGUGGUACAGAUUAGCUAUAAGUGAUAUUUUGUCAGAGAAGAGGGUAGUAGUUGGAACAGGCUAUUUUGAUGUACUUGAGAGAGAUUUUUACUCAGCCAUACAUGCGGCUUACUUUGGCCCUGAAAUUGAGUCAAUGGAACUUCUCCCUGAGUGCUUUGAGGCUGAGGAAAGGUCCUCUUGUGAAACACCAGAGGUUCUGCACAUUGUUUCAGGUCGUGAUCUUUUUGGGAUGGUUUGCCUAGCCAAUAAGAACCCAGAGAUAUCAUCUAGGAAUAAUGAAAAGUUAACUUCUUUCAGAUCCUCUCAUUCAGGCCUAUGUCAAUCUUUAAAGAACGCAAGCAUCCACACAAAUGCAGAAGUUCCGUAUGGUCCACAAAUUCACGAGUCUAAAAUAUCAAGUCAUAUAUCAGAUGCAUAUAGAGAUCUAGAAUUGCAUAUCUCUAGGAGGGUGGUUGCUGUGGCCUCCAGGGUCCCUCCUGGAUGCUAUUCUGAUGCUGAAGUAGCAGAAGAUCGCAUUCAUGUUUAUCUUAAUUCAGAUGAAUACACCAAGCAUAUAAACGGCUGCGGUUCUGAAAAUUACUUCACAAGUAGUUCAGCUGUCGCGCAAAUUCAUAUAGGAACCAUAGCUGGGCUUGGGACCAGUCCAGAAGAAGGUUCCUGUAAUGUGUAUGACAGUAGGGGGGCCAAGACCCAUGUGAUUAUGAAACACAGGACCUUGCUGGUGAAGCACAUGCACUGGUAUCAAGUUGGGGAAGAAGUUUCUAUUUGUGAGUGUAGAUGCACGAGGGCCAAAUUACCACCAAGCAAAUUUUGGCUAUUUGAGCCUCGGUGUGGUUUUCAUGACGUAGGGGGUUGGUAUGUUGAAACAUAUGGCAAAGAUAAGAAAGGUCGAACAAUCCCAUCUCAAAGGUUAUGGGAUGGCUGGGAUGAUGGUCAGCAUUUUGAGAGAAGACUUCAUCCGGCAAUGUAUCUACUUGCUCUUGCAUAUAGGACACUUGAUCUUGAAUAUGCUAAAGUAAGAAAACAAACAUUUAGGAAAGCUGUGGAAGGGCACCUGUUUAGAAUCCUUCAUUGGUGCAAAAGACUUGGUUAAUGAAGAAACCUUUUGCUCUGGCAACGAAUCCAUUUCAUUGCUGGAUCACUUUGGAUAGUUUAAUGGAUUCACUACUAAUGUUUAUUUAGUGAUUUCAGAAAAGCUGACUUGUGAAGCGGCACUGAUGCUGCAUUCUGUUGUUUCAAAAUGACCCUUGGGCGGGAGGCUCUUUAAGUACUCUAAAAGGGAACUCAUUAGAAGCAUCUGAGUUUUGUUUACUUGAGAUGCUGCUUUUGAUACUCGUGAUGUUGGAUGUGUUGGUCUGAUACAUAAGGAGGGUCAAAGGAUUGGCAGCUGAUGCUGCUUUAAUAUCUCAGGAACUAAUGUACUAAAGACAAGCACUGGCGCUGGUUUUUCUGAAAAUUAUAGUCUCUACAAUUAUUGUCUGGAAA